AUGCCACCAGUAAAAAUACCCAAUCCCAGAGUCAUUUUCUCGGGCAUCCAACCUACGGGCGUGCCUCACCUGGGCAACUAUGUCGGCGCCCUGCGACAAUGGGUUCAGCUUCAACGCACCGAGCCAGAUGCCAAGCUCAUCUACUCCAUUGUAGAUCUUCACGCUAUUACUAUGCCGCAACCGCCGGAGCAAUUGAGAAGGAGGAAGAGGGAGGCAUUGGCUGCUCUGUUGGCUAUUGGCAUUGAUCCUGGGAGAGCGACUUUGUUCUAUCAGUCCUCAGUCCCAGCUCAUUCAGAGCUCAUGUGGAUUCUCAGCUGCACAGCAUCCCAAGUCCUAACAAACACCCAGAGUAAACUCAAUCUUGGUGAGAAAUCCACCAUAGACGACAAGCAAGCCGGUUCUCGCCUCAAGCUCGGCCUCUUUUCGUAUCCCGUCCUUCAAGCCGCCGAUAUUCUCGUUCACAGACUAACACUGAUAAGAGCAACUCAUGUUCCUGUUGGACAUGACCAGCAGCAACACCUUGAGUUUGCCCGAGAAUGCGUGACAAACUUCAAUGCGGCGUAUGGUAGCCAUCUUGUUUCCCCUCAAACUCUCAUCCCCCCGGUCCACAGAGUGAUGUCUCUCAAUGAUCCGACAUCCAAGAUGUCCAAAUCCCACAAAUCAGAAAAGUCACGCAUUCUUAUCACAGACUCUCCUGAGGAUAUCAAGGCCAAGAUUGGCUCCGCAAAGACAGACUCUAUACCCGGCAUCACUUACAAUCAGACCGAACGGCCCGGUAUCUCCAACCUAUUGGAUAUCUUAUCUAUCUUUGACCCUGAGGGCAGGAAAGGUGUGGAUCUUGCAGAGCAGUACAGCGACAUCAGUCCCAAGCAACUCAAGGACAUGGUUACCGAUGCCGUAGUUGGUGGGUUGGCCGGUAUCCGUGACAAGUACCUUGAACUGUUAGACAAGGGAGACGGGUAUCUUGAUUCGGUUGAGAAAAUUGGUGCUCAAAAGGCACAGAAGAGUGCUGAUGACACCAUGCAAAUUGUUCGAGACUCUGUUGGGCUUUGA